CAUCAAUUUAAAACACCUUUGCACACGCCACCUUGAAGACCUCAUCCAUUAAACAGCACAAUGGAUUCUCACAAUCCUGCACCGUCACAGCCUCCAGUAGGAGGAUAUGAGACCGACUCCUCAUCCGCAGCUCAACCCACAACCUCCGCCAUCAUCACCUUUCCCCUCUCUACCUCAACAUCCACGCCUACCCCAGCAGCCGGCGCCCCAGCCGCAAUCUCUCCACCCAGCCCUCCCACCACGCCCAUCGCCACAAUGCCGGGCUCAGCAAGCCCCCCAUGGCCUCGCCCACCUACGCCAAGACCUCCGCUACCUCUCCCAGACCGAAUAUUUGGCUUGGACGGCGCGGACACGCCGCCGGGUACCCCUAUCGCUGGCCCUAGUUUCCCUCAGCACCCGUUCUCUUCAUACCCGGUUGCAAGCAACUACCCUGGGCUGCUCGCUAUACAACCCGUUGAUGACAGCGGCUCUCCGAUCCCACUUCCGGAAAUCUUUGGACCGCCAAAAGAUGAUUCUGGGGCACCACGCCCGGUUUUGUGUCUCCGUCCUGAAACUGGGGUGGGAGAAUCACAUGGCGAUGUGGAAAGGAACGGUGUGAUGGGAUCGCUAGAUGAGAUUAUGAACUCAAGUGGAUUUGAGAUAGGCAAUCCAGCCGAUGAGGAUUUCUACGCAGACGGCGAUGUUGGAUCGGGGAGCGAAGCCAGAUCCCUCAGUUCGCUAUGGGCCAGCCGGGCCUAUCUCGACCGCGGAAGCGAAGAUUUGGGCGAGAGUGUACGGAUUGGACCUCCUGACCAUGAGCACCACAGCAAUAACGACAACGGUGCAGUUGAGGAAAACAAUAAGGGCAAACGCAAGGCAUGCGAUUGUGCGUACUGCGAUCUCGACUCAGAUCCCCACCAUGACGGAUAUUUCAGCGAUUCUGGGACAGCGACAGGAGAUGAGGGGCCUCGACGAGCUGGGCCAUUCGUGCCUUCGUUCCAUAAUUCGCAGGCGGCACCUAUGAAGCGGGGGAGUUUUGUGUUCCGUAACAGCUACGAGGGCGAGAAUAGGGAUAUUCAUGGGAGGGGAGGUGAUGGUGAGGAUAAGGUAGUGCCCGUUGGUUGUGAAGUCAAGUUUCCCUUAGCGCCAGGGAGGAGCGAGAGUCAGCACAGCAGCGAUGAGGUUGUGAGGUUUGUGCCUCCUGGGCCGGGGAGGGAGAUCCAUCGCUUGCCGGCCCCGCAGCCAGUAUGUAUUCGAAAGCCGCCUGCUAGAGAUGUGUCCUAUCGUGGCCGACGACGCUAUAGGGUAGGCUCCCUGGAAUUCAUUCCUGAUCCCUCGGUAAUACAGCUUCUCACGCCACAGGGCACAGUCGGUGCACAGUUUAAUGAUGUGGCCGAAGUACAGGUGACGACUGAGAUUGGGUUGCUGGGGGGAGGCUAUGGAAUGAGGGAGAUCAGGAGCAACGGCGGGUGUGACGAGAUCAGGCGCGGGUGGGGAGGCGUCAAGGGGUCUGUGAUUGAGUUCAAAGGUGGUGAUAAAUGGGAGCUCAACUUGAAGGGGAAGGAUGCCAAAUUAAACAAGGCGGGUAAGAUAGGAAGAGAUUCACCGAGUGGUUUCUACGACGGCGACGACGAGGGCACGAUAGGGGCUGCAUCAGAUGCUGAAGAAGCAGUAGCCCAGCUCAACGCCCAACCGGCUAACCAGGAUUUUAUUCUUGGGCCUGGUGAGACAAAACCGUAUAUUCUUGAUGUGAUCCACGAUGAUCCCAAAAAGGCUGUAUCGAGAUACAUCGAUGUCGCGGACUACAGCGUCGAUUUGCGAGGCGCUGAGGAGGGGAAUAGCUUUACGGUGCGGGUGAGGGAUAUUAGGGGUUCUCUAGUGAUUAUGUGGAAGAGGGUUGCUAGGGUGGAGGUUGUGCUUGUGGGAGGGGUGGUGAUUGAGAUCACUGCGGGUGAUGGGAGAGGGAGUGAGGAUGAUGGUGGUAAGGUGGUUGCUGACAACAUUGGCUUGAGAGGAGGUGCGGAUAAGAACAAGGGGAAUGGAUCUGGUGAAGAAGAAAGGGCUCCGGCUCGGGGUCUCCACAGCGACGAUGAACGCGAAGCAGACACGCCAACGAAAACAAGACAAGACAAGGGCAAAGGAAAAGUAGUUGAAGAUGGCGAUGCUACCCCUCGAAAUCACUACCACUCCGACUCCGAAAGCCACGGCUCCAUCCCACUAUUCUACGAAACCCCAGCCGACUACGUCCAAACACUCGGCCCGCCCCACCGCAUCGAGAACCCAGAACCCGACUACGUCCUCGGAAGCUGCCCCUGUCGGGACCGUCCCAUUACCGAUGCUGACACCAACGCGGAUCCCCCGCAGUGUACCGGCAUCCGCCCCGCGAGUCCAGAAGCCUCGACCCCAGAGCCUUGGAGUGGUGGCUACUUCAGCACUCGGUACCAGGCGUUUCUCUGUAAUGGGCCACCAAAUGCGCCGUAUAGCCAUUCGUGCACGGCACACUCAGAAUCCCACGGUGGGUGGGUUGGUGAGGUGAGAGGAAGCUUGGAAGAUAAUCUUGUAAACCAAGCUUCAAGCUCCAAGGUGCCAGAAGAUGCAGCUCCUCCCAACGGGGCGUCGUCAGCGCCGAAGCCUUUGGGUUCUCCCAGCGGGAAUACACCGAAAAAGCAGCGUGGUGACGGCGACGGACAGCAGGUGAAGGAUCAUCCAGCUCCAGCCCGUGGGCUGGGUGAGCCACUUGAGCCUGCUAUACCCGAGAGUUCUCGGAAUGGCUCUCAUGCACAUUCCAAUCAAUGCGAAAAUGUCGAGAAUGACGGCAACAGCUCUGCAACCGUAGCACCCCACCCCCAAUUCACGCACUACAACACCCCCUUUAUCCCGCCGCAUCCUCAAAACUCAUACCCCCACAGCGACCGCCAGGCAACCCACCAACCCAUCUCCACCUUACCUGAAAUCCCAGAGAGCAACUAUUUCUACCCCGACGGCCGACCUGCAAGAUUCCGCUUCCCGACACCACCUGACCAAGCAGCCGGACAGCAGGAAUCCGGCAGCAGCCACGAACCUACGCCUCCAACUACCACGCAAAAUCCGGCACGCGUCACGCAAGCGACGGCUUUACAGUCAGCUCAUCUGGGCCCUUCAUCUCGCAGAUAUCCUGCACACCUAGCCGACGAGGAGAUUGUCAGGUUGGCGGGGAUGUUUGAGUUGUUGCGCGACAUGUAUGUGGAUCUGGUGCAGCGGUUGGAUUCGAGAAGGUUGUAG